GCGAGUGCCUCUUGGUGCCGGGAUACGUGCUGCAUCAGCUUCCCAUAGUCUUGAAGGGAAUACAGUAACCCCAUUGAGGCAACACUGCCCUCCCCAUCCCCCUGCGGGCGCUCCGCCACCUGCAAAAGCAUUUGCACCCCUCACCCGGGUCCUCCCCAGGCAGUGAUAGUUCCACCCUGUCCCACUCACUGGAAGUCCGGGAGCCGUGCUCGCGCAGACCUGAUGAUUCCAUUGGAUACCGUUCCUCUUACUUUAAAACGUUCUUGUCAGUUUUUCUCUUCUUGCCAUUUUCUAAAGUAUUCCAGACCGGUUAACUAUUCUGUCACGUUUUCUGCUGCAGUACCUGACUCCAGUCUCCUGAAACAGAACUCCUCCCAUCUAUUUUCUCUGGGUGUCUUUACUCGUCACCCUGACUUCGUAUUUUCAGUAACUUUUGGCAGUAUUUGGAGGGCCCAUUAUGUCUCUGACAGCACCUGUGGUCAGAAUAAAAUCCUGCUUUUAAUCAUUUUGUACGUGCCUAUUAACUCAGUUAUCGGUAGGGUUUUAAUUACUACUGUGUUACUGAGGUUGCCAUCUUUGAUGUUUAGGGAUGAUUGUUUUAGGUUAUAUAUUUAAGGUAACAGAUUGUUUCAUGUGAUUUUUUUUUUUUUUUUGAGACGGAGUCUCGCUCUUGUCGUCUAGGCUGGAGUGUAGUGUGGGGCGGUCUCGGCUCAUUGCAACCUCCGCCUCCCGGGUUCAAGCGAUUCUCCUGCCUCAGCCUCUCGAGUAGCGAGUAGCUGGGAUUACAGUCGCGCUUCACCACGCCCGGCUAAUUUUUGUAUUUUUGGUAGAGACGGGGUUUCACCAUGUUGGCCAGUCUGGUCUCAAACCCCUGACCUCAAGUGAUCCACCUGCCUCGGCCUCCCAAAGUGCUGGGAUUUCAGCGCUGUACAGGCGUGAGCCACCGUGCCCGGCCUCAGGUCAACUUUUUAGUAAAGAGCGAACUCAUCAACUUUGGUAUCAGAGUUUGAGCUUUAUUUUUCUUAAAUGAGUUUGAAAUCAAUUUAAUAUUUCUCUCCAAUUCCCUAAUGUCUCAGAAACGAAUUUACAAUAUACCUUUGUUUUUUCGUAUUCUUAAGUAGUGUUUGGAUUUUAUUUAGUAGUUGCAGUACUAAAGGAGUGGGGAGUUAAUUACAAAACGAAUCAGGUGACUAGUUAAUUCAUUCGUAGUUUGUUUUUUAAAACUACAAAAGUGUUUUUUUUUUCCUAUACAUAAUACAGAGAGGUAUAUAGUAUAGAGUAACACAGUGCUUGUUUCACGGUACCACAAAGUUCCAGUCCUCAGUCUUAAAUCUCUGUAACCAGCCUUUGUGGUUGCUGUGUAUCAUUCCAGAUAUUUCCAUGUUUUAGUUUAGUUUCUGUUUCUUAAAUGAAGGGGAGAAAGUGUUGUUUUAAUGGAGUACCAACACAGUAUUGGCAAUCAGUAAACAUUUUUUAACUAAAUUAAAUUUUUAUUUAGUGAUAUAUGCGUGUUUGUCAAGACUUAUGUAUGCAUACUUAAGCAGAUUUUUUUGUUUGUACUGAUUUUUUUGGUAGUAUAAUCUUGUGAAAAUAUCACAAGUAACAGUGUUAUUUUUUCAGUAAAGUUGAUUUAUUGUGCUUGGUAGCUUUGCACAGAAAGAAAGUACAUGUAAAACAAGAUUUAAAUAAAUUAAUGUUUUAUCACUUGAGUUUUAUAUUUUUAUGUUUAAUGUUUGUUGUAUAUUUAACUUUAUAUAUUAUAUAUUCUAAACUGUAACCUAACUAUAUAGGAGUUUUUCAGACGUUUUAAAAGUUUAUCAGUGUGAUUAAAAUGAUAGUUUGACCAUGCAAUUUAGUGAUCUCAACUGGAGAGUGGUAGACAUCUUAGUAGUUGGUACAAACAAAGGUAUAUAUACUUGAAGUUGCUAAGCGACUAUCAUUUUGUAAGUGUUGUUUUUGUAAUUUCCCCCCCCAAACCUACCAGUAAUAAUAUUUAUCAGACCAGUCACAUAAGAAAAGUGUCCACUCUUUGGGCAAUGUGGUUUUUUGUUGUAACAGUGCAAGUAGAAAUGUUGAGGAAUAGAAGUGAGUGUUGAGAGGUAUGAUGUUGGAAAGAGGAAAACGGGACAUUGGGAGUGUAGAGGUUGAUACUGAAAUGGAAUUGGACAAGAUGGGGAGAAAAGAGGAAUGUAGAAGGUUGACAGUGAGGCAAGAGCCAUGGCCCAAGAAUAGGCUCAUAAUAGUUGGAGGACACCCCAAGUCAGUAUUUGAGGCAACUUUCUCCUAAUUUUUUUAGACAGUUCUGGAUCCAUUCACAGAAUUGCUAGAUAUUUCCUGUCAUAAAAGUCAGCAGCUUAAGGUUAUACUUAAUUGAAACCUUGUGAAUUCUUUACUUUAGAUAAAGCUAUUCUGUUAAAUAACAUUUAAGUACAUUUUAUUAUUAUUUUUAGAAGUGGGAAAUUGUGAAAAUGACAAUGAGUUUGAAGGUCACAGUUCUACAAUGGUAGAACUUUGCAAAGGUAUCUACAUAAGUUUAGCUUGGUAACUGGGCCUUUAAUAGUCCACGUGCAUCUGAUUUAUGAAAUAAUGUAUGUUCUUUGUUCUUAGAACUUUUGUUUUAUAAACUUUUCAGUAGUGGGUCUUGGGAAAUACCAGUCUUUUACAGAUACAAAAUUAUUUGAGGUACUUGGUAGAAAUAUAUUGAGAAAAAUCCAAGAAAGAGGAAAAAUGUAUUUUUACAUGGUUUGUGUUUGCUUGAGUAGAAUUUAAAUAACCAAGAAAUUUAAUUUUCAUUUUUCUCAAUUAUUACGGUCAUAUAAAUGAUGAGAGCUAAUGAACUUCAGUGAUCAGAGGAAAUUAGUAACAGUGAUGAUAUAAUAAUACUGAUUUAUUCUCACUUGAAUUUUUUCCUUAAGGUCUGACACCAUGCCAAUUUCCACAGACCUGUAACUUUAAGUUACCUUAAGCUGGGCCUGGUGGCUCACGCCUGUAAUACCAGCACUUUGGGAGGGUGAGGUGGGAGGAUUGCUUGAGACCAGCAACAACAUAGUCAGACCACGUUUCUACCAAAGAAGAAAAAAAAAAUUAGCUGGGCGUGGUAGUGCACGCCUGUAGUACCAGCUACUUGGGAGGCUGAGAUGGGAGGAUUGCUUGAGCCCAGAAGGUUGAGACUGCAGUGAGCUGUGAUUGCACCAUUGCACUCCAGCCUGGGCAACAGAGUGAGUGAGACCCUGUGUCAAAAAUAAAAUAAAAACACCUAAAUUUCAUAUGAAGAUUCAGUUUGGAGUUACCUACAAGAAAUAGUUGCUAGAAGAGUUUCAUUUUUAUAGUAGUAUUUACUAGAGAUUUGGUAUAUACUCUGGUGCAAAUUUCUGUAGUUAAUGCUCUGAUAACCACUAUAAUUGUACUCUGAAAACCACUCUCAGUAAAUAUUUCCCAAAGUCCAAAGUCUUGAUUAUUUUGUUUGACCCUUUCCUUCUCACCUUUCUGUUUUUCUUUUCAGCUGAUUUUUCUCGUCUAUGUAGGUAAUUUUUGUCUUAUUAGAGAGGAGUGAGUUGAGUAACUUGCCCUGAGGAGAAUAUCACUUUGUGAUUAAUCAAACUAUUCAGGUAUUAUUAUUACUGUUGUUUUGGAACUUCAGUAUAUUUGUAAGUUAGAGUCAGUAAUUCAACUGACAUUUAUUGCUAAUGACCUCAGCCAUUUGAAACAUAACAGAAAUCCUGGACAUAAAAAAAUCUCUAAGCCUUCAAAAUGACUGCAACCAAGUAUAAUAAGCCAUUAGCCUUUAUUAGGAAACUACUAAUUGGAAUUAGUCCACAGAUUCAAAUCUUCAGUGUUGGCCAUUGGAGUUAGGGACAUUGGCAGCUGAAAUGUCAUCUUCGGGGGAAAAGGAAGAGCUGUUAAAAUAUUUUUCUGGUUACAAUAAUGCUAGUAAGAAAAGCCAGAUUUAAGUAACUUUGAGUGUGAAAAAAUAAUAAAUAUUUGAAAAAAAAGAAGUGUGUCCUGUGCUUGAAGAACACCUACAGAGAACUGAAGAUGAACAAUUCGAUGUGAUGUAAUUUCCUUCUAUCUUGGGUUAUGAUAUCAAGUUGUUCUAGUACGACCAUAUAAAUAAAUAAUUCCUGAAGUCUCAGUGUAACAUGGACAAUUAACAGUGAUGACAGAUAAAUACAGACGCAUGGGGAUCAAAUACUAGGCGAAACGAUUUUUAAAAGUGUAUCAGGCUUUUAAGAAACACUGCAGGAUCCUAUCUUAAUGCUGAUAGAGCUCAGCUAAAGAAAUUUAGGAGGUUCUAGUAUUCUUCAUGGCUGAAGCUGAGAGAGUCUGAAACCCUGAUGCUUAAGCUCCAUUCUAGAUCAUAGCUCCAACUCCUUCAGGAUAUAAGGAAAAGAGAUUAUAUUUCCACAAUGAUAGAUCUUUGGUUGUACAGUUAUCAGAGACUAUUACAGACGAUUGCUGUACUCGAGGCUCAGCGUUCUCAAGCAGUCCAAGACCUUGAAAGUUUAGGCAGGCACCAGAGAGAAGCACUAAAAAAUCCCAUUGGAUUUGUGGAAAAACUCCAGAAGAAGGCUGAUAUUGGGCUUCCAUAUCCACAGAGAGUUGUUCAAUUGCCUGAGAUCGUAUGGGACCAAUAUACCCAUAGCCUUGGGAACUUUGAAAGAGAAUUUAAAAAUCGUAAAAGACAUACUAGAAGAGUUAAGCUAGUUUUUGAUAAAGUAGGUUUACCUGCUAGACCAAAAAGUCCUUUAGAUCCUAAGAAGGAUGGAGAGCCCCUUUCAUAUUCUAUGUUGCCUUUGAGUGAUGGUCCAGAAGGCUCAAGCAGUCGUCCUCAGAUGAUAAGAGGACGCCUGUGUGAUGAUACCAAACCUGAAACAUUUAACCAAUUGUGGACUGUUGAAGAACAGAAAAAGCUGGAACAGCUCCUCAUCAAAUACCCUCCUGAAGAAGUAGAAUCUCGACGCUGGCAGAAGAUAGCAGAUGAAUUGGGUAACAGGACAGCAAAACAGGUUGCCAGCCGAGUACAGAAGUAUUUCAUAAAGCUGACUAAAGCUGGCAUUCCAGUACCAGGCAGAACACCAAACUUAUAUAUAUACUCCAAAAAGUCUUCAACAAGCAGACGACAGCACCCUCUUAAUAAGCAUCUCUUUAAGCCUUCCACUUUCAUGACUUCACAUGAACCGCCAGUGUAUAUGGAUGAAGAUGAUGACCGAUCUUGUUUUCAUAGCCACAUGAACACUGCUGUUGAAGAUGCAUCAGAUGACGAAAGUAUUCCUAUCAUAUGUAGGAAUUUACCUGAAUAUAAAGAACUAUUACAGUUUAAAAAGUUAAAGAAGCAGAAACUUCAGCAAAUGCAAGCUGAAAGUGGAUUUGUGCAACAUGUGGGCUUUAAGUGUGAUAACUGUGGCGUAGAACCCAUCCAGGGUGUUCGCUGGCAUUGCCAGGAUUGUCCUCCAGAAAUGUCUUUGGAUUUCUGUGAUUCUUGUUCAGACUGCCUACAUGAAACAGAUAUUCACAAGGAAGAUCACCAAUUAGAACCUAUUUAUAGGUCAGAGACAUUCUUAGACAGAGACUACUGUGUGUCUCAGGGCACCAGUUACAAUUACCUUGACCCAAACUACUUUCCAGCAAACAGAUGACAUGGAAGAGAACAUCAUUUACUAGUCCUCUUCAACACAUAGCAAUGGUGUCAUUGUUAAUUAUGUGCACAGUUUGGAAAGAUUCUCUGCUUUCCCAGAAAUGACACUCACAGCAUGAGAGCUUCCUGAGUGUUCUCGUCAAGUACAGCUCUGCACCGUUGUGGCUCUAGAUCACUUCAGCAGCUGAACAUUCCUGGUGAGCAAAGGGUUUCCCUGGUGAAUUUUUCACCACUGCAUUUUAGGUGGUGAUCUUAAAUGGGUGAGAUGGAGCGAGAGCACACAUUAAAGAGAGAGUAAAUUCCAAAGGUUUCAAAGAACUUGGUCAUAAAUAUGAUAAUGAGAAGACAAAGUAUUUAUAUUAAAACAGUUUAGUAGCCUUCAGUUUGUGAAAAUAGUUUUCAGCACAGAAACUGACUUCUUUUAGACAAAGUUUUAACCAAUGAUGGUGUUUGCUUCUAGGAUAUACACUUGAAAAGAACUCACUGUCCCAGUGGUGGUCAUUGAUGGCCUUUAGUAAAUUGGAGCUGCUUAAUCAUAUUGAUAUCUAAUUUCUUUUAACCACAAUGAAUUGUCCUUAAUUACCAACAGUGAAGCACUACAGGAGGCAACUGUGGCAUUGCUUCCUUAACCAGCUCAUGGUGUGUGAAUGUUAUAAAAUUGUCACUCAGAUAUAUUUUUUAAAUGUAAUGUUAUAUAAGAUGAUCAUGUGAUGUGUACAAACUAUGGUGAAAAGUGCCAGUGGUAGUAACUGUGUAAAGUUUCUAAUUCACAACAUUAAUUCCUUUAAAAUACACAGCCUUCUGCCUCUGUAUUUGGAGUUGUCAGUACAACUCAUCAAAGAAAACUGCCUAAUAUAAAAAUCACAUAUAUGGUAAUAAUUUCCCUCUUUUGUAGUCUGCACAAGAUCCAUAAAAGAUUGUAUUUUUAUUACUAUUUAAACAAGUGAUUAAAUUUAGUCUGCACAGUGAGCAAGGGUUCACAUGCAUUCUUUUAUACUGCUGGAUUUUGUUGUGCAUCAUUUAAAACAUUUUGUAUGUUUCUUCUUAUCUGUGUAUACAGUAUGUUCUUGAAUGAUGUUCAUUUGUCAGGAGAACUGUGAGAAAUAAACUAUGUGGAUACUGUCUGUUUAUAUUA